GCAACACUGCAUAUAAUAUCCCAUCCCGUCUAGAUUAUUUCCACUUGUUUUGACAUUUGCAUUCUAAAUUAUUUCCAAUUUUAUUGUUUAGUCAUCUUGGUUUGCAAAAGGAAGUUUCCUGUUUUGUCUAGAAAGUUUCGUCACAAAGUUUAAGUUGUAUAAAUAUCUGGUUAAUAGCAAACAUAGUGCUUAGUAUCAAAAUGGAGUUUCCACAUCUCGGUCAACACUGCAACGAAUCCACCUGUAAUCGCUUAGAUUUCCUGCCAUUUAAAUGUGAUUCAUGUAAUCAAGUGUAUUGCUCAUCCCACUUCAACUAUGAUAAUCAUUCGUGUAUUGGGCCACGUCGCAAGGAUAUGCAAGUGCCAAUUUGCCCUCUAUGUGGUGAACCAGUGCCCACAGCACCCGGAGUCGAGCCUGAUCUAACCGUCGGGCGUCAUAUCGAUCAGCAAUGCAAGUCGGACACAAAAAAAAUAUACACAAAUCGUUGUAGUUAUAAAAAUUGUAAAAAGAAGGAGCUUAUACCAGUCAACUGCACGGAAUGUAGAAGGAAUUUUUGUCUACGCCACCGUCAUACCACAGAUCAUGAAUGCAGUGGUGCUUCCGUUGCAAGUGUAGAUAAGCGUGCUAUGGCAGCAAAUGCAGCUGAAUACAGGCGUACUAACAAGCCAACUUCACUAUUUAAUGGGCAACCUAGACGUAAUCCCAUAGCAACUGGAACACAAGUGCAAAAUAUUCAAGGAAAUAUGACUGAAGAUGAGGCGCUAGCUCGUGCCCUUGCUCUGUCAAUUAUGGAGUUAGAUGAGAAUGCUGAUCGUGAACGUCGAAAUCAAACUGCUGUCAACGCGGCAGUACAAUCGAAUGCUACAGUACGCGUUGGCGGGCGUGAUGAGCAAUCCUCAAAUGUAAAAGACAAAUGUCUGCUUUCGUAGUUCGAUUUAGCUGUUUUAAUGGUAGAAGUUGUAGUUUAACAAUUUAAAGAUAUUCUUUAGUAGUUUACAAGUAUCUAAAUACAUACUUACUAUACAUAACAGCGGUAAUUUAAUCAAUGAAUGUCACAUGCUAAGGGCCGGUUACUCAAUAUCUGGUUAACACUAAUCUGCGGUUAAACAUCGUUAUCGACGUAUUCGACUCCAUGCAUAUGUCGUUCCCACGACAGUCGGGUCUAGGUAACCGGAACGACCCAGAUUUAUAUCUUGCCAAGGACUGUCACUCCACCAACACUCCCCAAAAUCUCUUUGGGGAAUUUGUAUGCUGUUACAACACCAACAACAACAACACUCCAUGCAUUCAACAGUCAACGUCGAUAAAUAUGUUUAACCGGAGAUUAGUGUUAACCAGACUUUGAGUAACCGGCCCUAAGUGCAUUUGCAUUUAGCGCGCGUUUAUUGCAAGACUAUUCAUGAUAUAAAUAAAGGGCCUAUAUCGUAAGUUUGUUUUUAUGACAUGAUAUAUACAAUUAAUUUUUGUUAAUGAAUGUCCACAUUCCUUAAUUGAAAUGCAUAUUUUAUAAUAGAUUUUAACCAACUGAAACUUACCUGCUUGUGAUUAAGCUUUAUAGUGGGCAUUAAAUAAUAAUUUCAGACGCGUACAUACGUAUGUAUCGAAAAACAUUUUUAAUCCUUUUGCGAAUUCUAUUUGAAGAACUAUUAAGGAAUAAAAAUUGUUCGAAUUUGCGCUUCAUUUUUAUAAACGUUUUGUUCAAACAGAAUUCGCAGUUGGGAUGGUUAAUAAAUAAUAUAUAAUCAUUAAUUAAAAUGUAAGCAAUUUCGCCAUAGUUGUUAUGUUUUCUUAGAGACGAAAUAAACAAAUAAAAAACAAA